AUGGUGCUGCAUGUGGCGCUUGUUGGGAAAUGCAACCGAUCACCACCGACACGCGUGGACUUGUUGAAAAGGCUGCGCCGGACAUCACCGCGCAGCUACCACGCCACCCGCUCGUAUCUGUGGACGGAAGAGAGUCUCUUCGAAAGGCUUGCACCUGUUUCGCUUGACGCCGCGAACUCUGGUGGGAGUUUCUAUUACGCAUUUGGGGCUGAUUUGUCAUGUGGGAAUAAUGAUGAUGACGUUCGGGUCACCAUUAUGAUGAUGCUGGACCUCACGGCUGCCGUCAAUGACAUGGUCGCCAUCCUGACGGAGAGGGAAGGAGGUGCGGCUGGUGCCAAUGUGGAGGAGGCGGAUAGUAAUGUAGUGCUUGUUGAGCUCGCAGAUGUGGUUGAACAGUCGGAGGAGAGCCGAAGUGCCUACCUGACGCGCUGGGGUGCGGAGGAGCACAACUACCACCGCACAAUGGCGCACCGCGUCCUUCUUUCGGCGGGUAAGGUCUACGUUGUUCCGCUUCCGGCACGGCACUCCUGUCGCCUGCAGCAGGACGCGCAGCUUCAGGAAAGGGAAAAGUCGAUUCCGUUCGCGUUCCUCGCGAUGGACGGGGCGGCACGUGAAGAGCUUCACGAUCCCGCCGCAACGCGGGCGCUGCACGAGUGGUCAAACGGCGUCGCGCGGGUUAUGCGAGAGGAGUCGUGGCACUUCGCGGUGGCGGCAGUUCCCGCGUCAGUGGGCGAACUGGUUCACACUUACCCGCAGAUUUUGCAGCCAGCGCUCUUGCACCACAGUGUUCGUGAGCCACUGCACUGGCUGCGCGAUGGCAAGCUCGCGCCGAUGACGUCUGAUUGUACGGAGGGCAUCAUCCGCGGCGUGAUACAGGAGUAUUGCGUGCAGGUACAGAACGGGCGAUACGUUCGGCUGCCGCUGCGGAUGCCGCGGCAUACUUUUGCACACUUUUACUGUGCGGGCCUCUCUGCUCCCUCAACAGUGGCGGCGGCGGCGGCGGAGGAGGCACUUGCGCGGGCUCGGGCUUCACUCGCUGGGAACAGAGGCGCUGAUAUGGAGGCAGAUUCUGCAGAAGUUUUCCUAGGGCUGCAGCUUACCAUUGCUCUCCAUCGCCUGCGGAGCGAGGUCAGUGGACCCCAUUCCACCGCCAUCGAUUCAUUUCUCAAGGAACGGCAAUGCAGGAAUGAAGAAAGCACGGCAAUUUGCCUCACCGAUGAUAUUUCUUCACAAAACGAGCUCGGUGAUCUUCGGCGGAAAGUAAUGUCCGUGGCGUCCCGGCGCGGUGACUCCAUCGAGUGGAUGCGCGCCUACGCCCAGGAGGCAGCCGUGGCGUAUAAUAUGACGGAUAACGAGGUUCUGCGCCUUGACGAGUCCAUGUUGGGCCUUGGCGAGACUGAUACUUUGUCUACCGAAAGCAAUAACUACGACAGUGACGAUGAUGAUGAUGAUGACGGAAGCGCAACGUCAGCGGGUGACGACAGUACUGUGGCGUCGCGGCACGUAGAGGAAAUGGAGUCUCUUCUGGAAGCGGGGAUGUGUGAGGCAGUGCUUGGCAGCUCUCACGACGACGAGGCAGAGGAGGAAGCCGCUUUGGAAAAGGUGGCAGACAACAUUCUCUUCCUCGAGACAGUACAAAUGCUUGCUCGUGAUGGCAUGUCCAGGAAGUAG